CCCCAUAGGCGGCCGGCUCCAAAUGUCUCUGUGGAGCUUCGUCUUGCACAUGCCCCCGGAACAGUUCAGCGGCCUCUUCGGGGAGUUCCCAUGCGACCUGCGCAGCCUGCUGGCCGACUGGCUGGAAAACCAGCCGUGGGAUUUCAUCACCGGCACUGACUCCUUCUGCACCAGCGUGGCCGGUGCGCUGCUCUCCGCCAUGGUGGAAAAGCUCCGCAGCCUUGCCAGUAGCAAAGAGCAGCAGCGUCAGGUCCUCCAGCACAUUAGUAACCUGGAGAACACGUAUCAGAGAGACCCGCUGAGGCUGGUGGCAAUCGUGAAAGGAAUUCUGGAGGGCGAGAGAGCUGCCUUGCUCAAACGGGAUCGCCACCUGCCGCUUAGCUUCCACCGCAGGCAGGAGGAGCUGAAGUUCGGGCUGGACCUGCAGAGGCUCCAGCAUCGAGUCGGGGAGAUCCAGGCGCUCCUGGAACAAUGGAAGCAGAUGGGAGAGGGGACCAGAGCCUGCCGGCCGACGAAGCUGCAGGAGUCCCAGCUGAAGACAGACGGGAAACUCCGGGGGAACGAUCUGCCCGCUCUCAUCCUGGAGGCCGUGAAGGAGCUGGAAGGCGCCAAGCUGCAGGUGCUGAAGAGGCUGCACAUCUGGAAGCGGCAGCAGCAGCUGGCGGGGAACGGGGCUGUCUUUGAGGAGAACCUGGCUCCGCUCCAGAAGAGGUGCGAGAAUCUGGUGGACGUUUAUUUCCAGCUGCAGCACCAGGUGGUAGCUGUCGGCGGGGAGCUGGGGUCCGACCUGCUCUCCCGGCUCCUGGAGCGGCUCAACACAGUGCUGAGUGCCCUGGUCGAAAGCUCCUUCCUGGUGGAGAAGCAGCCCCCACAGGUGCUGAAGACCCAGACCAAGUUCCAGGCCAGUGUACGUUUCCUGCUGGGCCCCCGGUUGCUCCAGGCCUCGGCGAAGCCCUACGUGGUCAAAGCCGACAUGGUGACGGAGAAGCAGGCCCGGGAGCUGGCGCUUGGCGGCUAUGGCACCCUGCUCAGCGAAAGCACUGGGGAGAUCGUGCACAAUACGGUCGCCCUGGAGAUCAACUCCACCAACGUCACGUCCUGCGCCACCUUCAAGAACAUGGUGAAGAUCAGGCGCUGCGAACGCAAGGGCUCUGAGUCGGUAACGGAGGAAUGCGCCGUGCUCUUCAGCACCGACGUUACCUUGGGUCCCGGCAACCUGCCCUUCCACCUGCAGGCCCUGUCUCUGCCGAUCGUGGUCAUUGUGCACGGGAACCAAGACAACAAUGCCAAGGCGACCGUGCUGUGGGACAACGCGUUCUCCGAGCUGGAGCGGGUCCCGUUCGUGGUGGCCGAGCGGGUGCCCUGGGAGAAGAUGUGCGAGACGCUCAACCUGCGUUUCAUGGCGGAGGUGCAGACCAGCAAGGGGCUGCUGCCAGAACAUUACUUCUUCCUGGCCCAGAAAAUCUUCAACAACAGCAGUGCCACCGAGGACUUCCACAACCGCAGCGUCUCCUGCCAGUUCAACAAGGAGAUCCUGCCUGGCCGGGGAUUCACCUUCUGGCAGUGGUUUGACGGGGUUCUCGACCUCACCAAGAGGUGCCUCAAAAGCUACUGGUCAGACAGGCUCAUCAUUGGCUUCAUCAGCAAGCAGUACGUCAGCAAGCUGCUGGGCCCGAAGCCCGACGGGACCUUCCUGCUGCGCUUCAGCGACUCGGAGAUCGGCGGCAUCACCAUCGCCCACGUCAUCCGCGGCAAGGACGGCUCCGUCCAGGUGGAGAACAUCCAGCCCUUCUCUGCCAAGGACCUGCACAUCCGCUCCCUGGGUGACCGCAUCCGAGACCUGGCCCAGCUCCGCAACCUCUAUCCCGACAAGCCCAAGGACCAGGCCUUCGGCAGCCACUACAACAAGGAGCAGAUGGGGAAGGACGGCAGAGGCUACGUCUCCACCGCCAUCAAGAUGACAGUGGAAAGUGAAAGGGAUCAGAAGCCCCCCCCAGGAGUCUGUCCCACCCCCCGCCCCGGCGAACAUGUACAGCCUGCCAGGGCCACCCCCCGAGCAGCCCAUGGACCACCUGUGCCAGGUGCUGGCGCCCGACAUGCGCCUUCCCGCGUUCCCUGCCCAGAUGGUCCUGCCCCAGUUCCACACCCCGGAGGAGACCAGCAUGGGCAUCCCCAGUGCCUCCCCUUUCCACAGCUCCCAGACACUCCUCCCGGCGCCCGUGAGCACCACGACCACCCCGCUGCCCCUCGGCCCCAACGUCGCCUUCGGCUGCCAGCCCCUGUCGCCGGAUUUGAUGCCCUACAGGUAUUUGCCGGGGGACCCCCUGCCCCUUGUCCUGGAGGACCUGCCGCCCAACCCCAUGGAUGAGGAGAUGCCGGAAAUCGCCGCCUUCUCACCCACUGGCCAUGUCUCGCCCUUUGGGACCCUCCUGCCGGCCCCUCCCCUGCUGCUGGCGGCGAGCCUGGGCAACAAUGUGGACUUGCCCUCGGAGGACGAGAUCACCCAGCUCCUGUACGAGGCACAGAUGGAGGAGGGGCUCCAGCCCCCCACACAGCCCUGCAGCUACGGGGACCCCAUGGCCAACCCCAGCUGGUGACCUCGCCACGGGGGGGCUCCUGCUGGACACUUUGGAGAGCAGCUCCCCUCCAGGAGAGACGGGGCGAGGCUGGGGGUCUCGGAUGGGACCCUCUGGACCUGCCCCAGCCGGACUUGUGCGUGGGACUGAGCUGCACUUGGGGGCUUGACUGGGGGGGGGGGGGCAGUGUGGCACUUGGGGGCCGUCAGCGUGCACCCCCCCACUGUCUUGUAUCAGCCACUUACAAACACCACACCAUGGAACACACUGACCCCCCCCCCAGCCCGUCCUGUGGCUGGCAACCAUGGCAGCAGGGGCACCCCCCUUCCCCCCCGCCCCACUGGGCUGCUGGAGGGGGGGGAAGGAAGGGACCACCCAUUGGAGAAAGGGCUCUGGGAGGCCUAGAUUUCAGCCUGGAGUGCGUGUUGGGGGGAGCCUGUUCUCUGGGCAGGGGGGAGUGAGGUCAGGCUGGCUAUGUGGCACCCCUAUAGCUGAGCCUGGGGAUGGCCCUGGGCAUUAGUGGCUGGGGCUGGGCAGGGGGAUAAGGAACCAGCAAAGCUUUCCAGUGGGAGGGGGGCAGCCAGGCCCCCUUCCCCCAGCGAGGUCUGAUUCCCUCUGGGCCUGGGCAGAGCCCUUAGGGAUCAAUCCCCACAGCCGGUUCCUGCAGCAGGUGCCCCCCUCCCCUCUUCCCCAGAGCCGGGGCGGGGGGCCCAGACCCAAGGCCCGGCUGGAGGAGCCGGGGGGGGGGCAGGGGAAAGGCUCUUAGGGGGGCUGGGAUGAGUCUAGAGGGUGGGGGCUGGGAGUUGGUUUAAAGGGCCUCUCCUCCAGCCUUCGCCGCCAUCCUUCCCUGCCCCCCAGCUGGGCACUUGCCCCUCCUCCGUCUCUGGUCACAGGCCCUGCCCCGGGGCUGGCAUGAAGGCCACAGCCCGGCAGAGGGUAGAGCUGGAUGCUGGCCUGCCCCACGUGCCCCAUAAGGGGGGGCAGGGGAAGCUGGCUCAGCCCUCCCACCUGCAGGGGGCCAGAGGCAGAGUCGAUGCACGCUGCCUGCAUGGGGCUUUGCUACUAAACGCUAUGGAAAGAGAUUCUGCCUCAGUUUCCCCACCCCCACCCACAGGGCGGCCAGUGCCUCUCGCUCCCGACCCACAGCCCCCUACUAGCCCAGCUCUCCCCCCACCUUUGCUGCUGCCCCUCGUCUAUUGCCCCCUGUGCUCUGCUGCCCAUUCCCAUCCCAGCCCCCCGACCCCCCCUUGCAGCUCGGGAGCGGAGAGGGGAUUAAGCCAUAAAAUAAAGUUUUAUUCCAAAAUAACAAAAUAAAUAAUCUACUGUA